UAGUUCAACACGGAAUGGAGAACCAAAUUUGCCACUUCAGAGAAAUAAACAAAUACACAAACACUUUUUUUAACUGGUUAAGAGUACAUUUUAGGCGUUUUUUGUGAAAAUAUUAGACUGAUAACCGUGUCCCCAUCACCCAACUUUUGUCGUUUUUCAAAUCUUUAAACAUUCGUUUUCUUGACCGUGCUUUUUAUUUCUUUCCCGUAGUUGACAAAAAAAAAAAAAAAAAGAUUUUGUGGGCUCAUUGUCUCAGAGGUGUUAGGCUGUCCUGAGAAAACAAUGCCAUUUUUGCAGGAUGAUGUCGUUUCCAUGUUUGGGGUUGUAAGGAGCGCCGGUGCGGCAUUGUUGCGGGCGGUCAUUGUGUGUGGACCUCAGGAUGUCCUGAGGAAGACGUCACUGCCGCGGGAACGCGCCGCUCGCCGCUGCCAGCUGCCUGCUGCCUGCUUGCAUUCGGAGGUCUGGCGUCGCUCCGCGGGGAGUCUCGCACCUCUCUCCCGUUUCACCCCGAGGUGCCUCUUCUCCUGAAUCGCAAAAGGGUCCCGGACCUUCCCUGAAGACCUUCCGAAGCUGCUGGGUCCUUUAAACGGAAGACCUUUAGGUUUUGGAAGCGUCUCGUCUUGCCACCGUUGUCUUUUGUGGAAGGUCUUGCUGCACCAGGAAAAGUGGAAAGCCGUCCGUCUCCCUAUCUGCCUGAGCAGAAGACGAAAUCUCUCUAGUCUGCGUUUGGGCUGGGAUACCCACCAGCUAUUACCCUUUGGGCUCUUUCAAAAAUGGACGACUUUGUUUCGGUGGGGGCGUGAACUUCAAGGAAGCUAACGAGGAAAACGGGCGCCACAUUUUUGGCGAGAUACACAGCUCUAUCGACACAUUGGCAUUCACGUUUGGCAAUGUAGUGUCAGACUUCCUUAUGGGAGAUGUGGACAGCGAAACGGUGUUGGGGCUCCCCCAGACAAGGAGAAGCCGGUCUUUUGAGAACUUAUCAGUGGAGUCUGGAAGCUCGCUCCCGGAGAAAGAUGACCCACCAGGGCCCCUGCCGCGGGUGGAGGAUGUGGACUGCACCCUGCUCAGGAUCGACAGCGGCGUGGAGUCAGCGCUGCUCUACGCCAAGGCCUGGUCCAAGUACACCAAAGACGUGCUGGCAUGGGUGGACAAACGGCUGAGCCUGGAUGUCGAAUGCGCAAAAAGCUUUGCAAAAAUGGCCGAAUCUGCAAAAACACUCGCCAGCCAACAGGAAUACAUGCCAUUCAGGGAUAUUUAUAUCUCUGCCUUCAAAAAUGACAUUGAGUACAGCCAAGUCCUGCUUCAGACUGCUGCUGUACUGCAGACCAACAAAUUCAUGCAGCCUCUGCAAGCUCGGAAGAAUGAGCUGGAUAAGCUAAGGAAGGAGCUGAAGGAGCAGUGGCAGCGUGAGCAGAAGAAGAUGCAAGAGGCGGACGGAGCCCUGCGGAAGGCCCGGCUCCUGCAGACCCAGAGGAGGGAGGAUUAUGACAAGGCCCACUCCUCCACCAGCCGGGCGGAGGAGGAGCAGCUGCCCGGCGGGGCCAAGCAGCUGGAGAAGAAGAGGAGGCUGGAGGACGAGGCGCUGCAGAAGGCAGAGGAGGCUAAUGACCAUUACAAAGCCUGUGUCGCUGACUUCCGGCAGAAGCGCGUGGACCUGGAUAAGUACAAGAGCGAGAUCCUGGCGCGUAUCCGGGAGCUGGUCUUUCAGUGCGACUUGACUUUGAAAGCCGUAACAGUAAACUGGUUCCAGCUCCAGCAGGCCCAGGUGGUCUCACUGCCAGUGAACUACCAGGCCCUGUGUGAGAGCGCCAAGUUUUACGAGCCAGGACAGCAGUACUCUGAGUUCGUGAGGACCCUGCCCAAAGACAGGAGUCCGGUGGAUUCGCUCUCCUUUGAUCUCUAUGGGCCUCCAAAUGCAGGGUUUUCGUUCACAAAGAGGUCGACAGGGAGCACCCACUCCUCCCACGGGAACCUGUCCCAGGUGUCGGUGACGUUGGGUGACUUUCACAGCACCGACGAGGUUGAGAGUCCAGUCCACACGCGGGCGGGGAAGAUCGGAGAUCGUCGCUCAAACAGCAGCACCGAUAUUCAAGUGCUGAGGACCCAAGGCCCCAUCCGAGCCUGGGGCACGGGCAGCCAGGGCGGGGGGAUGUGUAGCGAUUCGGAGAGCGCAGGGGGGAGCAGCGAGUCCCGCUCCAUGGACUCCCCCACCGCCAGUCCAGGUACAGGCGAUUUUAAGAGACGACUCCCCAGGACACCUUCUACAGGAACCAUGUCCUCUGCAGACGACCUGGACGAGAGAGAGCCCCCUUCCCCCUCGGACAACGGCCUGGGUGAGAUGGUGACAGAGACGGCAAGCUCCCCCGGACCCUUCCGGAAUGCCCAGAUGUCCAAGGCGGCUCAGACCCACAAGCUCCGGAAACUGCGCGCGCCGUCCAAGUGCCGGGAGUGCGACGGCCUGGUGGUGUUCCACGGGGCGGACUGCGAGGAGUGCUCUUUGGCAUGCCACAAAAAGUGUCUGGAGACGCUGGCUAUUCAGUGCGGUCAUAAGAAGCUCCAUGGAAAGCUUCAUCUCUUUGGGAUCGACUUCACCCAGGUCGUCAAAAACAGCCCUGACGGAAUACCCUUCAUCAUCAAAAAGUGCAUCUCAGAGAUCGAAAACAGGGCCCUAAAUAUCAAGGGUAUCUACCGUGUGAAUGGAGCGAAAUCUCGAGUUGAGAAGCUUUGCCAGGCUUUUGAAAAUGGGAAGGACCUGGUGGAGCUCUCUGACCUCUACCCUCACGACAUCAGCAACGUACUCAAACUGUACCUCCGACAGCUACCCGAACCUCUGAUCCUGUUCCGUUACUAUAACGACUUCAUUGGCCUGGCGAAGGAGAGCCAGGGCACCAUCAUGGACGAGGUGGACGCGGCGCGCAAAAGCCCCGCCUCCGAGCAGCCCCCCCUCAGCGUGGAGCUCAACCGUGUCGUCUUAAAGAUCAGAGACCUGCUCCGUCACCUGCCCUCCGCUCACUACAGAACCCUGCGGUUCCUCUUACAGCACCUGUACAGAGUGACAGAAAAUGCAGACGAGAACAAAAUGACCGCGAGCAACCUGGGCAUCAUCUUCGGGCCGACGCUGAUCAAGCCCCGGCAGACCGACGCCGAGGUGUCCCUGUCCUCCCUGGUGGACUACCCCUACCAGGCCCUGAUCGUGGAGCUGCUGAUCCGUCACUUCCACAAGAUCUUCGACGCUCCCCUCAGCCCAACCACAGCCGCGCCCCCGGCCGGGGAGGGAUCCCCCCUGCCCCCGAAGGGCGUGGUCACCCGCCUGACCGCCGAGGAGAAGGAGCAGCGGCUCAGCCGGCACUCCAGAUCGCUUGGUGACAUCAAGGAGCAGAGUGCUAAAGUCUACAAAAGGCACUCUGCGUCUGUGAUCCCUUCCGCACACCUACAGGGUGAAGUAAAGGCAGCAAAAGCAAAGCCAGAUGGGGCAGACUUUGCAGCCGCUGUGGCUCGGAAUUCUGAGAAACUCAAUGGGCUCUCAUCGUCCGGCCAACCGGAGAUCCAGAGAUCCACACUGGUGAUCAACAGGCCCUACAUCAGCACGACCAAAGUCCAACUGCGAGCGCCCCGGGGCAAGCUGGGGUCCCGGCCCAUCAGUAUGCCCGUGGACCACCGGCUCGGGCCCGCCCAGCUCAGCGAGCGCAAUUCCAGAAACGCUUCCGAGCGCGAGCGGACUCCCGCCAUCGAGGAGGGGGCGGAGCCGGAGCGGCCCGUUGCCAGGGUGGGCGGGCACUACCGGAACACAUACAUUGACACGCAGACUCUGAGGCGGACGUGGGACAGGCAGUACAAACAUUUCGACAUGACGCCGAGGACCGCCAUGAUCGUGGCCAACGCGCCCCCUGCCUCCACUGCAGGGGAGUCUGGGAAAUGUACUGUCGCUGGCUCUGUCUCUCAGGCCGCAGGGAACAACACAGUCAGUACAGUCAGCACGCUCUUCCCCAACGUUCCUUACACAGUCUCCAUCAGGCCCGGAAGGACCCUGAGAAGGGAGGACAACGUCAGCGAGUCCAACCCCCUUCCACCUACCUUCAGGGCGCCACGUACCUUGCAACCCCCACCCGGAACUUUCUAUGAACCCCCCUCCAGUAGCAGGGCAAAGCUGCCUACCCCCACGGAGCCCAAGUUGAGCACCGUGGCUGACAGCAGCACAGAGACAAGGACAGGGCCAGAGACGGGGUCCGAGACAGGGCCAGGGCCAGUGCCAGAGACAGGGCCCGAGACAGGGCCAGGCACACUGGAGUCCGUGGACAGCAGCUUGGACUGCGAGGCCUCGCCCACAGAGUCCCUCCCCCCACCCACCGCCUCUGUCUCCCCGCCCCAGUCUCCCAGCCAGAGCCCUGAGAACCUCAGUCCCACCGAAGCUAGACCAGUUUAUCAGCGCCUCAGACCCCGUCGGAUGCAGGAGUUUGAGCACAGGGAAGCGCAUUUCGUAUGACCCUCAAACAAACUCAAAAGUUGCAAAUAUUUUUUUAUACGUAUAUAUCCAUAUAUAAAUUGAACUUUUGUGCCAUAUUGUAUAUUGGAAAAAAGAAGGAAAAAAAACUUGUUAUUUUGGGGGAAAUCACAAAAUUUUUCAAGAGCUGUGAAAAAUGACCACAUAAGUGUUAUGUUCGUUAAUAUAUUCCUUGUUUCCUGUUUAUGAUGUCACAUUUUGAGCUCGAAGGAACAGUGGUUGAUCCCAAAUUUAUCCACUUACUUGGAAAAGUGUGUAUUUAUUAGAUAUUUAACACAUUAGUUACUGUUGCUUUAUUAAAGUAAUAAGAACUAGACCCUGUAAUAUUCUGAAUUUACAUAAACAAUUCCUGUCAUAUCUCUUGAAAAUAAAGUACUUUUUUUGUAAAUUGCAUCACUGUUUUUCUCCAACUCAAAGCAAAAUUGUCAAAUCUGUUCAUUUUAAACUGUGCAAUUUAUUUUUAUUUGCAAGAUGUUAAAGAUAAAAUUGAAGCACUCAGACAAUAAGAACUAUAUAAGAAUAUCUUAUUCUUUUAUUUGUAUGGUUUAAUGCCAAAAUUAUUUUUAUUUUAUUACGGUUGUGUAUGUCUUGUUUUUUUCCAUAUAUUUUUUGAUGCACCUUCUGGGCUUUGAUAUACAUUAAAAUAAUGGUAACCAAACUCAUUACAGCAGUAUUUUAUGUACAUUUUUACCCACACAAUAUGUGAUCAUAUGGGUAACACAUUAUUAGUUGGAUUAGGGUGAUGACGUUGACGGAGGAGUGACCUGAGUCGGUUGCACCUCAACUGACUGUAUGGUUUCAGUUCUGGUGUCUGUUCAGAUAAUCAGUCUUUUUUUUUUUUUUUUUUUUGAAAGGUGAAAGCUUUGUGAAUGCUCGGCGCAUACAGUUGACUCAUUCCCUGUUCCACUGCCAUCAAACUAUUCAGGGUGCUGUUUCACUACAGGAUACUGUGGAUUGUUUGUUUCAGUCACUACAGUCGCUGCAGCAUGCAUAUGAUGAAUUCUCAGAGUUAGUUCAUGCAGGUCAUGCACAUGCCAUGGGUCAUUCAGAAGUAUUGUUAGAUCACUUGCGAAUAGAACAGGGUAUUAGGCUAAUGAUUUUCACAUAAGUAUUUUGCCCCUAGUCCUUUAAAAAAAUUACCCUGCACAGUCUCAUAUCUUUUCAUAAUGAUCUGAUUAAUAACACAAAUAUCAACACAAUGCAGAGAUAUUGUUAUGCAUUACAGAGCACGCAUAUAAAUUCCUGGAAGAGUUCAGAUUCAGUUUAACUACAGUGGAUUUUUUUCCUUGCUGUGUGAAUUUAUUUUAGUACUUUCACAGUGUUGGCAGAACAUCACAAACUAGUACUGAUGCGUCACUCAAAGCUCAUAACAGUGUUUUGUGGCUAGAUUGAACCUGGGCCUCAACAUCUGAAGCUCAAUGUGAGCUUUCACAGCUGACAGUUAAUUAGGGUAAUUAGUAAGUGGGGCUAGACUGUACUCGCAUUUAUUCUACCUCUACCUCUAAAUUCAAUAAUUUAUUCAAUCAAUCAUUUUGUCUUCUAAAAAAGUUACUUGUAUUAAAAGCGACGUCACCUGAUGUUCCAGGUGUAAAUUGGCAGAUAAUUGAAGGGUCUGUCCUCUAGAACCCAGAACUCCCAAAGACUUGAGUCACAUAUUUUAGCCCUAUUCUUUGUAUGUAUUAGAUUUCCCCUUUCUUAAUGACAAGGGAAAUGCCCUGUUUCAACCCAGUAAGUGGUUAUUGUAGGGUGUUUAUGCUGUAUGGUGUCCUCUGUAUGGACCUCCAAAAGAACAUUUGUAGUUUACUGCAGGUGUGUGCUUUGGUGUCAUGUUUGUUUUUAAUUAAGGUAGUUUGUGCACCAAGAACAAUGCUAAUGGCAGACUUUUUUUAUUUUAUUUUAUUUUAUUUAUUUUUUUACUGGUAGUACUGGUGCAUCACCGGAAUACAUUUAAUAAUGUACACACAUUUAUUUAUGUAUAAUUGUCUGAAUAAUGACAAAAAAUAAAACUAUCUAUUUGAAAACAU